GUCAUCAGAAUGUUCUUUUUAACAGCACCGUGUGGUAGUUACCAGCUGCCAAACUGACAGGAGGAUUUGUAGCAUAUUCUACACACAUGUUCAUGAAGCGGACGGACGUGGCACAUGACCGCAUCCAUUGUCUGAUUACGCUCAAACUUAGAGACAAAACGCACUCAGAGCUGAGCUCUCUGAGUUGGAUGGAGUCAUUGUUCAUUACGGUGCUUUUAACUGUUCCAGAUACAGCUCCAUUCUCAAUAGGCACUGACACAGCACAUCCACCACACAUCUGCAGCCCCUGUCUCCCCCGCCCACAUCUACCUGUAUGUUCCCGUGGUCACUGAAGAGAUGGCUCUUUGCUGGCCUGAGAUCAGUCUCCCGGUGACAAACGCACUGAAGAGCACGAUGAGGACCGCAGGGCUGCUGUUUGUUGUUGGGCUGUGUUUGCUGGAUGUCACGUCGUCCCUCAAAAUCUGUGCUUUUAAUAUUCAGAGCUUUGGAGAAUCCAAGGCAAACAACAAGAAGGUUAUGGGGAUUCUGCUAAAGAUUCUUUCUCGGUGUGACUUGUGUCUCAUUCAGGAGGUCCGAGACUCUAAAGGAGAAGUAAUACAAGCUUUGGUUAAGGAUCUUAACAGGUUUGACAAAUCCAACCCCUACUCUUACGUGGAAAGCGAAAGGCUCGGGAGGAAGACCUAUAAGGAGCAAUAUGUCUACAUUUACAGGAGUGUGCUGAAGGUCAAAGAGCAUUAUGAGUACCCUAAACUCGAAGGAAAGGGGAUGAAUGAAACUGAUGUUUUCUCCAGAGGGCCCUUCAUCGUCCACUUUCACUCUCCUACUACAUUGGUGAAGGAUUUUGUCCUGAUAGGGCAGCACACCAGUCCGAAAACGGCCAUGAAGGAGAUCGAUGAACUGUACGCCGUCUUCAAAAGGAUUUACAAGAAGUGGAAGACAGAUAAUGUGAUCAUUUUAGGUGACCUGAACGCCGGGUGCAGCUACAUCACCGCCAAAGGAUGGAGAGCCAUGCGCUUGAGGAGUGACCCCAAAUUUCACUGGCUAAUCGGAGACGAGCAAGACACCACCGUCAGGGAGAAGACGCACUGUGCCUACGACAGGAUCAUCGUGCACGGACGGGAGGUUGUUUCCAGUGUAGUCCCAGCUUCAGCUCAGCCCUUCAACUUUAAAGAGCAUUUCCAUCUAACUGAGGCAGAGGCUCUUGAGGUCAGCGACCAUUUUCCUGUAGAAGUUGAUCUGAAGACCAACCACCGCUACUUCCUCCGCCAUGAGCUGUAAAUCAAUCACUAAUGUUUUUGCAGUUUUUUGCUUGAUUUUAAUUGAUUAAAAUCCAGAGUUAUGUUUUUGGUUUUGUUUUUUUAUAAUGAUCCUAAACUGGCACUGCACUCCUCUCAGUUGCACCAAUAAACUCAAGUUUUUUCAGCAAGUAA